GAACAACGAGAUCUGGAACGGGAAGUAGAAAAUCGAAACCAGUUCGCGCUCCACCUCCUUGAACAACAACAGCAACAACAAGCGGAGUUGCACCAAUAUUUAGAGGAGGAAGAACCAGUACCGGCACUGGUUGACACUCCGGGUCAGCCGGGAGGAGGUGGAGGAGAUGGAGGAGAUGGCGGAGUUACGGCAGAUACCGUACGAUGA